GUGGGUGCAGCAACCUGGCGGCGAGCGGCGAGCGCAGCAAAGCGCAGCCAGAGCAGCCACCGCGCGCGGCCCCGUCGUGUAGCUCGAGUCGUACCUGCGCGCGGCCACCCCGCGGAGAUCCACACCGCGCCGGGCGACGACAUGUGACGCGACAAGUGUAGUGACACGUGAAGUGACGCGUGGAGUGACAAGUUCAGUGACUAGAGUGACUUGAGUGUGACUUGAGUGAACUAUGGAGCCGCAGCAGCCCACCUCGAUCCUCAAGGCGACGGACUACGGCCACCAGAACCAGACGCCCCCGGGCGACGAGCCGCCCCCCAACCUGCCCCCGAGGAAGGCCUCCCGGCCGCGCCUGCAGCUGCCCGCCCUCAAGAUCCCCAGCAGGCCCACCAUGGCGCCGCCCACCGCGGGCACGGCCACCACGGCGGGCACCGUGACCUGGGGGCCGGCCCACCACGGCGUCGGCCACCACGGGCACGCCUACCUCGGCCAGCCCUACUACCCCAACAUGCCCAUGACCCCCACGUCCGGCGUGGCGUCCGGCCUCAUGGCCGGCCCCACCGGGGUGCCCAUCGGCAUGGCCGGCGCCCUGGGCCGCUUCAACGUGUACCCCACCAAGGCCUCCGAGUUCAUGUUCAAGCAGUUCGCCGGCUUCAAGGACUUCACCAUGAACACGGCCAAGAUCGGGCUGAGCCACGGCGAGAAGACGGCCUUCUGGCUGCACGGCAAGGUGUCCAGCUGGAGCAGGCGCUGGUUCACGCACAUCUUCCUCUUCCUCGUCGUGUUCGCCUACAGCCUGCUGGGCGCGCUGCUCUUCGUGGCCAUCGAGGGCACCAAUGAGGAGCGGUACCGGGUCAAGAUCCACGACGAGCGGGAGGCCUACCUCAAGACCAUGUACUCCAUGGCCAGGAACACGGCCAUGGUGGAGAACGAGGACGCGUGGACGACGGAGGCGGACCACGAGCUGGAGAAGUUCGUUCAGGAACUGCGGGCGCACUUCAAGAACGGCGAGGACAACCAGAAGGAGAAGGUGUGGACGCUGUGGAACGCCGUGUUCUACUGCGGCACCAUCUACACCACCAUAGGGUACGGCCACAUCUCUCCGUCCACCACCACGGGCCGGGCCGUCACCAUCAUCUACGCCAUCAUCGGCAUCCCCAUGUUCCUCAUCCUGCUGGCCGACUUCGGCAAGCUCUUCACGAGGGGCAUCAAGUUCGUGUGGUCGUUCGUGCGCCGGCUGUACUACACGGGCUCCUGCAGGCAGGUGCGCCGGACGCAGCCCGUGCAGUCAGCUUUAGGAUUUAUCUGCUCAGAGAUCAUGAAGGGCGCCCAGAUAGUGUACGACCUGGCCACCUUCCGCCGGCCCAGCAUGUUCCCGCAGGGCGAGCCCCCCGAGGACGUCGAGGGCGCGGAGACGCCGCUGCGCCACGACCAGCCCACCUUCAGGAGAGACGCGCCAGACUCCAGCGAGCCCCCGGCCACGCCGGCGCCGAGCGCCUUCGAGGUGGACGACGAGUUCAACCUGCCCAUCUCCGUGGCCAUCGUCAUCCUGCUGCUCUACAUGUUCGUGGGCGCGUCCAUCUACUACAUCUGGGAGAGCUGGGGCUUCUUCGAGUCCUUCUACUUCGUCUUCAUCUCCAUGUCCACGAUCGGGUUUGGCGACUUCGUGCCCAAGCACCCCAUGUACAUGAUGGCGUCCAUCGUCUACUUGGUGUUCGGCCUGGCGCUCACCUCCAUGUGCAUCAACGUCGUGCAGGAGAAACUGUCGGACUCGUUCCGACAGGCGAGCGCCAAGAUCGGGGCCACCAUCGGGCUGCGCAUAGCGGAGCAGGAGGAGGGCUCGACAAACCCGCCGACCCCCGGCAACGGCCAGGUGCAGGACGACGAGCACCACGCAGGGCAGGGCGGCCAAGAGGGCAGCCCCUACUCGAUGCACAACGGCGCCAGAGAGGUGCCUUCAUGAGUCAUCUCGAGCCAUCAUUUCUUGAAGACUUAUUGACGCCACCGACGGCCGCCUGUCUAUGAACACACGCCAUUGUCAUUCAUAUUCAUCACCUUUCAUGAGCAAGUGCUGUUUUUUUUUUUCUUUCAGAAUCAUCAUUUGCCUUCGGUACAAAACUUUUAGCAGUUUUCUCCUAGUGUAUGUGUUAGAAUAUAUGUGAGCUGUGAGAAUUGUGCCAUAUGAGUAAAGUGUGAUUCGUGCAUUUCAUCAAUUUUCAUACUUUUAUAUGUCAUGUAUCAUUUAAAAAUAAAAUCUGUCCAAAAUCAGGAUGUAUUUGGGCGACUGACGUAAUGAAUUUACGAUGUCUAAAUCAGACCAUAGCCAAAGAUAAUCCUAUUCUAUUUUUGAUUUGGGAAGACUGGUUCUUCUCCAAAUUGGAGACAUUUGAUAUUUCUAGUCAUUGAUUUAUAAUUUUAAUUAUAUUAUUUUAGGAGGUUCAACAAGGACUGUGCUGUGCAUAUCAAAGAGAGAAUGUAAAUGUUGUUAUUCAACAUUCGCCAUCAACAAUCACAAUGUAAAAAUUGUUGUCAGAUGUUGAAUGAAAAUUAAGAUUAAAUAAAUUUGUUUGUGAUGUCUUUUGAUUUGUAAUUUUAUGAGAAAUGUAUAUAUUUUUUCUCCUUGAGUGUUAAGAUGUUUUACUUGUGCACAAAAUAAAAUUUGCAGAUAAGAUUUUAAAA